AAGAACUUAGCUAUAGUUUCUUCACUUAGUAAAUUUUUUUUAAAAAUAACUCUUUUUUUUGGAGUGAAUUAAUUUAGAGAUGGUGAGAACACCUUGCCACGACGAAAAUGGUCGUAAAAAAGGUACUUGGACACCUGAAGAAGACAGAAAAUUAGCAGCUUAUAUUACUAAAUAUGGAUCAUGGAAUUGGAGACAACUUCCCAAGUAUGCUGGCUUAGCAAGGUGUGGAAAGAGUUGUAGACUUCGAUGGAUGAAUUAUUUAAGGCCAAAUAUUAAAAGAGGAAACUACACAAAAGAAGAAGAUGAAAUCAUCUUGAACCUCCAUGCUCAACUUGGAAAUAAGUGGUCAACGAUUGCAAGUCACUUGCCAGGAAGAUCAGAUAACGAGAUAAAGAAUCAUUGGCACACAACAGUGAAGAAGCGCGCUAAAUAUAACUCAAGUGAAGGAAGCAAGAAAUGCAAUAAUAAGAAGAGUGAAAGUGAUAUUACUAAAAGAAAGAGUAACGUUGAAAAACAAAAUGCAAGUGAUGAUGAUAAUAAUAAUAAUAAUACUAUGCAUGAAAAUAUAGUAUUGGAAAAUUCAGAAUGGUCAUCAAGUGAAGAAUUAUCCUCUAUUGAUUAUCAACAAGACAUUUUUCAAGAAGAAUUAGCUAAUUUGGAGGAUAUUACAAGUGGAAGUUUUUGGACACAACCAUUUGAAGUGGAUACUAAAAUUAAUUUUGUAGCUCCUUCAAUUGAUUAUUGUGGACUUAUAUGUCCAACUUCACCUUUUAUAUCUCAUGAAUUUCUUUCCUCCUUUGAUCUAGAUCAUUAUGAUUAUAUUUGGUAAAAAGAAAAAAUUAGAAGGGAAAAAGAACUCCCAAUGAAGUUGAUUUAUCUUAUAUCAUCAUAUUCAAUCUCUUACUUGGAGAUGAUUGAUGACAUAGAAUGUAAUGUGAUUUAAGAUGUUUAAUAUAUUACAUUCUGGGUAAAUUAUUCAUUUGUA